AGCAACAAAGCGACGCAGCUGCAACCGAAUUGCAAUUAGAAAGCGCGGCAACUUUUCAAUUCACAUCGCCGACUACAACAUUUAAGCGCAAAAAGCAACAGCAAACACAGAAGCAACAACAACAAAAACAACAAUUCGAACAGCAAUUCCACAACAAUAACAAUAACUGUGGUGGCAAUCAAACAGUGGCAGCAACGGUAAUUAAUAAUUCACUGGCAACCGAAGCGUCGAAGCAGCCGAAAUCAAAAUCACCUAAUCGCAACAGUGCGGAGAGUGGCAAUGUGCAACAUGCAGCAACAGUCGACACUUCGAUUAUAUUGAAUGGUAUAGAUGUGGCAGCAACAGCAAAAGCAACAAAAGCGACAAAAGCAAUAACGGUUGACGAUAUUUUAGCAAUUGGCGGCGGCGGCGGCGGAGGUGUUGGUGCGCACAACAAUACAAUAACGACAACAAGGCCAACAACAAGCAUACGUACACCGCGCAAUCGCACCUUGCCACGCAUCGCAACAACCACAACAACACCGCGGGCUGCAUAUGCAGCUGACAAUCUCGAUCUAGUGGGCAGCCACACAGGCAAAGCGCCGCUCAACGGUCACAACAGGCGGCAACGUGCCACAGCCAAGGUGAAACAGCCGCCGCAGCAACAGCAACAACAACAACAGCAGCAGCAGCAACGGCAGCYAGCACUGCAACAACACGCACUGCCAAAGAGAAUGACCGCAGGCACUGCUGGCGGCAGUAGCAGUGCGAGUGGCAGUGGCAAUAGCAGCAAUCACAGCAGCAACAGCAACAGUAACAACAACAACAACAACCGCAGCAAUACACUACACAAAGAAAACAGCGCUUUCAUGGACAGUUUGGGUGCACAUUUGGAGUUGGUGGGUUGGCGUAAGAAAUGCCUCUACGGCCUGUUGGUGCUGCUAAUGCUGCUCAUCAUCACAAAUCUGGUGUUGACAUUGUGGAUACUGAAAGUGAUGGAAUUCACGACGGAUGGCAUGGGCCAGCUGAAGAUAGUGCCAGGCGGCAUACAGCUCACCGGUCAGGCGCUCAUAAUGGAUAUGCUGCGUGCAUCGACAAUACGCUCCAGGCAUGGCCAGCCGAUAGCGAUAGAAUCAUCACGUAAUUUUUCAAUCAAUACACGUGACGCGAAUGGCAUGCUGGAGAAUCAUUUAUUCCUUGGGCACGAUAAGCUCGAAUGCUUGGCGAAGGAAAUUCGCAUCAAUGACACCAACGGACGAAAUUUAUUUUCUGUAAAUCAAAAUGAAGUCACAAUCGGUGCACACGCGUUGCGAAUUGACGGCGAAGGUGGCGCCAUAUUUCGGGAGUCCAUACAAACGCCGCAUGUACGCGCCGAACCCGGACGGGAGUUGAGACUGGAGUCCCCUACACGACAGCUUGAGCUAACUGCUGCCAAGGAUAUAAAUUUGCAGUCGCGCGCUGGUGCAAUAGAAGUGGCUGCGCUGAAAGAUGUGCGACUGAGUGCGUUGGACGGAAGUCUGCGCCUGGAGUCCGCGAAAAUCCUUAUGCCGAAUCUGCGUACGGCGCAGCCACCGCCACUGGGGGCGCCACAGAGCCGUGACCAUUUGCAUCGUGUCUUCCAGCUGUGCGCCUGCUCCAACGGCAAACUAUUCCUGGCCGCGCCGCAUUCGAUAUGCGCCGGUGAUGACAGCACUGUUUGUAGAUGAUUACCCGAACGGAGACAAUAAAGCAAGUAGAUGCGGUCCUGAGUGCUGAGAGGAAGAAGGGGGAGAGCAUUAAAAAGUAGUUAAAUAUUCAAAUAUAGCAUAGUAUUUGUAAGUAAGUAUAAAUAAUAGUUAUGAAAUCAAGCAGGGGUUAAAGUAGUAUUCAUAUCAAUCAAUGUAACUGUUAAAUAUCACGUAUGUAAAUAAUUAGCGGCAUGUACAGUGGUGGGCAGCAAAUUGGUGCAAUAUUAUAAAUUGAAUUUUAUUACUCAAUAGAAUAAUUUUUUAUUUAUUUUCUAUUAUUCUAAGCAUUUCUUAAACCAACUCAGAUUAUGA